AGGGAGGGAGGGGGUAACGCUGAGGGAAAGAAGGAAGGAGGUCACUAAGGGAUGAAGGGAGGGACAACUAGCAGAAAGGCGAAGGGAACAGGCAUUUGCCUUUUUUGUCAGCUGAGGCCAGGCUGUUGCAGACUAUUACUUGCUGUUGCAUUUUAUCUCUGUUUGGAGAGAGCAUUGUGAAAAGCUGGUAUGGUGUGAAGAAAAACACAUUGUUUGAAGGCUAAUUCAAGGGCACAAUCAUGGAGGAAAUGGACUUUGAGCGUCGCCGGGAGCUGAGGAGGCAGAAGCGGGAGGAGAUGCGCCUGGAAGCCGAACGGUUGGCGAAGAAUGAUGAUGAUGAGGAGGAGGCGGCCCGCGAGAGACGGCGCAGGGCACGCCAGGAGAGGAUGAAGGGCAGGGAGGGUGAUGAGCCGAGCGGACAGCCAGACAGUCUGGUCAUGACCAACAGCCACAGUGUGACAGAGACAGUGUCUGUGAGCAGCUUUUAUGGAGGAGGAGGCGGCGGAGACGACGAAGACCAGGCCCUGCUGGAUCGCAUGGCCAAACGCGAGGAGAGACGGCAGAGACGCAUGCAAGAGGCGCUGGAAAGACAAAAGGAGCUGGACACUACCGGUACAGAGGCGAUGGAGAAAAACAACGCAGAAGAGGAGAGGCCAUCCUCCUGGCGUAGGGGUCGUUACCGUGACAAUGAGGAUGAAGAGGAGAAGACAGAGAUGUACAGCUCAAGAAGAGAGGAGAAGGAGCAAGAGGAAGAAGAGGCUGCUCCUGAGGGUGAAGAGGAAGCAGAUGAGGGUUUAGAUGAAGAGGAGGAGCAGAAAGUGGAGGUGGUGGAGGACAAACCGAGAAGGUCUUACUUGAGGGAACAGAAAUCAACCGAAGAACCUAAAAUUCAAAACAAGGAACCCGCUGAAGAAGAAACACAUUCAGUAGUCAGUGAGAUUUCAAACCAGGCCAAGUCAACAAAUCCAGAAUCUGGGGAAGAUGCAGUAGCAUCAGAGGAGGUACCUGAGGAUGAUUAUUUAGAUCAUUCAUCCGAGAAUAAGUCUAUGACUCUCAGAAAUGACACUGAAGAGGACAAUGAGGUAUCUGAGAUACUGCACUCAGAGGAUGAUAAGGAAAAUGAAAGAGGCAGGUCCAGGGUGGAGAGGGAGGAGCAGAGCAAGCUGAACGGAGGGCUGCACGAGGAGGAAGCUGCUCUCAAACAGCACAGGAAACCUGAGAGGACCUUCAGUCGCGGCAGUGUGCGGUCCCCCGAGGUGUUCACAGGUGACGACCAGGACGACGCUGCCCGCCUGGAGGCAGAACGCAAGCUGGAGGAGCUGAAGCGUCGCCGCGAUGACGCUGAGAGCGAGGAGUUUGAGAGGAUGAGGCAGAAGCAGCAGGAGGCCGAAGCCGAACUGGAGGAGUUGAAGAGGAAGAGGGAGGAGAGGAGGAAGGUGCUGGAGGAGGAGGAGAGGCAGAAGAAGCAGGAGGAGGCGGAGAGAAAAGCCAGAGAGGAGGAGGAGAAGAGGAAGAUGAAGGAGGAGAUUGAAAGGAGGAGAGCAGAGGCAGCUGAGAAGAGACAGAAGGUUGAAGACAAUAUGGACGGGGAAGGCAGACCCUUCAAGUGUGUCAGCCCUCGAGGCUCCUCUUUGAAGAUUGGAGAGAGAGCCGAGUUCCUGAAUAAGUCGGCACAGAAGAGCAGCACUAUGAAGGCAUCUCAUUCUCCUGUGGUGUCCAAGAUAGACAACAGGCUGGAGCAGUACACCUCCGCUGCUCAGCAGAGAGAGAACAAGGAGUCUCGAUCCCCGCGCUCUGGAGCGGUGGAUCUACCAAUGGUUACCGACAGCAUUCGAAACAUCAAGAGCAUGUGGGAGAAAGGCAACGUGUUCGGCUCACCUGGAAGUGGCGGGAGCCCGUUCAAGGAAGCAGCUGUGAUGAAGACAGGCGUGGCGGGUCGCAUUAACGACUGGCUGAAUAAAACCCCGGAGAGCGGCAAAAUGCCAGGAGGAAGGCCAACGGACCUGAAGCCUGUUGAUGUCACCAACAAGAGGAGUCUAUGGGAGAACAAAGGUGCUUCUCCAACCAAGGUGGCAGGCAGAGGGGAGACCAAAUCAGUCGCCAACGGUAUGGGGCACUAAUGUCUUGAAGGAGCCACUGCAGCUGGGGACCACGACAAUCCAAGACUCUUCCUUUGACUUUGUCUUAAGAACCAAAUAAUGAUCACAUUCCCAAGAGGGACACCAAGAAAACGGAGGGACAGGAGAGACGCUGUCCAAGCACUGUACCGAAACAGCAUCAUAUUUUUGUACGGUUGCCAUGUAUAGUGCCUUUGCACAAUGAUUUUUGCUUUCUAAAAGAAACAAAAUGCUGUGAAAUUUGGACAAUUGUAAUUACUAUUACUAAUUACUUUAUACAAUCCUGCCAGGAAGAAAAAAACAAAUGUUAAAUUUAGAUUUUGUUGCCGACAGUUUUGAUAGAGAUGGAGUAGAUGAGUUAAAAGUUUCCACAUUCCAGAGGGAUGGGUGAAAUCAGUUCUCUCCCUCAUACAGUACAUUUUCCAUCUCUUUUUUUAUUUAUAUUUAAAGCUAAAGCUUCACACAUUGCUAUUUUAUUCAACGUUCACCAGUUUCAGGAUAGAAAUAUAAGCACUUAGAAUUUAGCUGAUUUCACUUUUAUUAUGUCUUACCAAUAGUGCAGCAAUGGUCUGAGUAAUAUAUGUUAGCACACGUGAUGUUUUGAAUAUGACCUAUCAUACUGUAUCUUAUAUAACAUCUUUAUACUCGUAACAAAAGGUAUGUUUGUUUUUUGUAUCCAGAAACUAUUCACCAACAGGCAGUUAAUUUUGGUGGUGAGGAGUGUUGAAGAUUCAGAAGGCCAUUAUGACUUUUAUUAUCCAUAAUGUCAUUUUUAUUUAUGUUUUAAUGUGUUUUGUCCUUUUCUAUUUCUAGCUGUUUUGUAGCUUUUGUACCUGUUUGAUCACUUUAAAAUCUUCAGACAUUCCUCUUAAAAAGCAGGUGCACAAGGUGCCUUUUUUUGUAGGUUUGCCAAUGUAGGAAAUGAGCAAACCAACCCUCUUAAAUCUACCUUAACUUCUACUAAUUACUAACUUCUUUAUUGCCUCUAUGCACACUCUUAUGCUCAACGAUCAUUUUCUAAUUGAGGGCAUACAAAGUAAAAUCAGGGUGCCUAAGCAAAUAACAAUAAUAGUACAAUACAAGGAUAUUUACCACUAUGUAAGUCUUUUGGCCUUAUGAUUGCAAUGAAAAAAAUGUAUGUAAGCUGAGGUACAGUACACGAUUGCCUCAAAGCAACUCGUUCUGAUAUUAGGACUUAUGACAUUCAGUAGCACAUUCCCUUUCACAGUUUUUGUGCGGCACAAGCUUUGAUAAUAACGGUUUGACGGGGCAUUAAAUUGAUUGAGGUUACUGCUCAAAAGUCUGACAAUCACAUUCCAUGGCUCCUAAAAAAGAGCAGGGGAGCUUGACCAAAAUAUUUUAAGCGUGAUUUAAUGUGACAUUAUGUUUUUUUUUAAUACAGUGGUUUUAUAAUGGCGUUUGUUUUUGUUUUUUACCACCUUGUGUCCAUGUUAUGUUUUUUAAAAGUUCUUCUAUGUUUAACCAGACACUUGUUUGUGUAGCGCAAAGCCUAUGCAAAACACAAUCUGUAGCCUCUCUAAACGCUCCCAAUGUCAUACAAGUGGGCAGUUACCAACUGGAUGAAUGUUUUAAACAUUGUACGCUUCACUCAACAACAGCAAUAAAGACAUUGAGGUAUUCCA